GAGACGUGCAGUAUUCGUUCUCCGCUAUGGUUACUCUUGGUUAGUUUUGCCACGUGCUAAGAGCUGGUCCCAAGACGGGUACGGAUUAUAUACAUUAUUAGUAGUAGACUGCUUGUGAGCCGAGCCACUCUUCUACUUUCUACUGCGCUCCAACUCGGCCAACCAGCCCCACCUCUGGUGCAACAGGUAUGCUCAUGAUUCAACCAUGGCCAGAACGUCGAAUAUAGUACUUGAACGAUCAAGAUUGUAUCGUGCAGUCAACCGCGAAGCCUGCAGGACCUCGGGCGAGGAGAGGAUUUUUACGGCAUAGGCAGAUACCUACAAUGUACGAGCACACCCCGCCUGCGCCGCCGCCAAAACCGCCCGGAACCCGUGACGUGAGCCGGAUGGGCACGCCAACCAGCGGGUCGGUACCGCGUCCUCCACCACUCCCCGAGGCCAGCACGACUGGGUCGAGUAAUCCCGGGCUCUCCUCGAGUAGUAAUAUCGAGCACCACCACGGGUUGACACCGGAGGAUGUCGCGGAUCCCGGCGACAAGUGGCUCCCCAAGUUCUUGCAGGACAAAUCCAAGCAAGACCUGGCCGAUAUCCUCUCGGACCCGGCGCUGCUUUCGGCGUUGACGCACUCGCCGCAGACGAUCCACCCGUCACUGCGGUCGUCACACGAUGCCCUCCGGGCGGCGCUGAGCGAAAACAUGGAACUGGCAGCCCAGCUGCUGGACCUUGAAGCGCGCCUUGCACACCAGCGGUCGGCCGCCCAGGCGCAACUCCUGGCGACGCACGUGCUGGAGCGCCAGUGGCGCGCCAAGCAGGGCGACAUGGACCACGCCCUCGCGCCGUUCGCGCCCGCGAGCCUGUACCAGCGCCUAGCGCAGGGCGUGGCCGAGCAAGAAGGCGUGUGCCAUGCGCUCGAGGAGAGUUUCCUCGAGGGUGAAGGGGACCGCGCCCUUGCGAACGAGCGCGAGGUUGGCGACUGGGUUAAACGGUAUCGGGAGGCAAAGAAGCUGUACUACCUGCGCCAAGAGAGGAAGGAGAGGUGGGACGAGGGACGUGUGGGCGGAUGGCGUUGAGGGUGACUGCUUUCGGGGAAGGGCGGACAAGAGAGAGUCUGAGCACAUCGCGGGGCCGGGUGCUGGCUACCGCCAGAGAACCUUUGGCAACGAGCGGGAGGCCCAAGGAUAGGGCAAAAGCACAUGUCAUAUCUGCCACGGUUGACCCGCCGUCGACGAGACGGCAAGCAGUCGUUAUAUAUCGAGCGAGGACGGGAUCCGGUCUACAGAGUAAUAUAGGUAUCUAUCUCACUGACCCUCGCGGAACCGCGGAGAAACACAGGCGCGCACGCACUUCCCUUGGUCGGGACACACCAGCAAUGCUU